AAAAACUUACAUACAAUAUUCUAUAAUUUUCAUUGCGGAAGUAGUUACAUUCAAUCAUGGCGUCCUCCUGUUCGUCGAGAAGCAACGUGAUCCUUCGAUAAAAUGAGAAAGUUUUUCUUCACUUCAGAUAACAAAAGACUAUAAUUUUAAAUCAGCCCUAUUUUAGGUGAAACGUAUCUGCACACUGGGACCAUUUUUCCAAUCAAAGACGCUUCAACAGGUGCCAUAUAGAUGGCUUCGUUUAAACCCACAAGAAUCCCGGAGUAUCCAAAGCUCGGAGAAAAAGUCACACAGGAUACACUUUACUGGAAAAACUACAAGGCUCCUGUUCAGAUAAAAGAAUAUGGAGCAGUCUCAAACAUCGACUUCUCUCCUGUGGCUCCUCAUAAUUUUGCUGUAACUGCCUUUUCAAGAAUCCACGUCUAUGGGCCCUUCUCCCAACAGCCUGUCAAGACAUUUACCCGAUUCAAGGACACUGCUUAUUGCGGUAGAUUCAGGUCAGAUGGCCAGCUGCUCGUGGCGGGAUGCGAAGACUCGGUUGUCAGACUGUUUGAUGUCAGCGGCAGGGUGGCACUAAGGAUGUUCAAAGGGCACACAAAGGCCGUACAUGUCACUGACUUCACCUCAGGCCAUUAUCAGAUCCUCACAGGAUCUGACGACUACACCUGCCGACUGUGGGACAUCCCAAACGCAGCCGAGCUCAGCACCUACCGGGAACACACAGACUACAUUCGCUGUGGUGUUACCAGCAAACUCAACAGAGAUCUCUUCAUUACUGGCUCAUAUGACCACACUCUGAAAGUGUUUGAUGCCAGAGCGGAGAAGAGUGUGAUGACCAUGGAUCAUGGACAGCCGGUGGAGAGCCUCCUUCUCUACCCCUCUGAGGGACUCCUGGUCUCAGCAGGUGGGCGCUACGUCAAAGUGUGGGAUCUGCUAAAAGGAGGUCAGCCUCUGGUGUCGCUGAAAAACCAUCAUAAAACCGUCACCUGUUUGGCUCUCGGCAACAACGGAGAGAGAAUGCUGUCAGCAUCUCUGGACAGGCAUGUGAAAGUCUACAACACAACCACCUACAAAGUGGUCCACAACUUUGACUAUGCUGCUGCAAUCCUCAGUUUGGCUUUGGCUCCGGAUGACGAGUCCAUUGUUGUGGGAAUGACCAACAGUAUUUUAAGCAUCAAACACAGAAAACACACUGAAGAGUCAAAGGAAAUAAUGAGCCAACAGAGGCGCCGCCCGUCAUAUCGUGUCUUUGUGAAAGGAAAAACUGUUGUCCCAAAGCCAGAUGACUAUCUUGUCAGUAAGCCAGUCAAAGAACAUUUGGCCAAAUAUGACAGGGAGCUCAAGAAAUUUAAUGUAUCCAAAGCUUUGGAUGCAUCCUUGGAGAUAUGGUUAAGAAAGAAGAAGCCAGAGAUAACUGUGGGUGUAAUCAAGGAGCUGGACCGAAGAGGAACUCUAAAGAACGCGCUAGCAGGAAGAGAUGAAGAGCAACUCUCUCAGUUACUCCACUUUGUCAUUGGAAACAUUGUCGACACCCGGUUUGCCCCCAUCCUUUUGACGGCAGCUGAAAUGAUCCUUGAUAUCUAUAAAUCGGUGAUUGGCCAGUCGGCGCUGAUCGACCAGCAGCUGCUGCGCCUACAGAGCAUCCUGGAGUCAGAGAUCAACUUGGAGCGGGAGCUACUGGAGGUCCUGGGAAUGUUGGACACCAUGUUUGCCACCUCUGUCACUCGUAAGGAGGUGCCGUACUCCGACGUGGGAAGAUCUAAUGGGCUGGCUCAGGGAGAGGCGGGCAGUUCAAGACCUGAGCUUCAGGCCACCUGAGAUCAAAUAAGAGGAAGAAUUGAUUUUAGACUGGAUUAGGAUGAUUUUUAUAAAAUCUCGAUUGAAGGCAUCAGAAUCAUUUUCUGUGUGUAAACAACACCAAACAAACAUUUUUUAAUUGGAUCUGUGUUGAGUCCUACAUUUUGCUUACUGGUGGAAGUGAGGUCUGCUGUGGGAAUUCAUUAGUUGUAAUUUGUUAUAUCUUUGUUAGAUCUCUCAACUGAAUUAACAUUUCUUUCAAACCUCAAAUGAAAUUGGAAUACUAAGGUCUGUAUGCUGGAGAUAGCACAAAGUCCACAGAGAUUUCUCUACUUUUCAUGCUCAACACCAAGUUAGAUACAGAAAACGUUACUCAGUUCAGCUGUAUAAUUUCAACUAAAAGCAGUAGUUGUUAUCCAGCUUUUGGACAAAAGCCUAAUGCACAAAAUAACCUAAAAAUUGAAAAUCCAGAGCAGUUGUUGCAGGUUGAUCAGCCUGUUUGAUUGGUUCUAAUUCUUAAUCAGUUACUUAUUCUCCUGUAAAAACUGUUUUACAGGAGAAUAAGGUGACUGUUUUAAAGAUGUCACACAACGAAACACUUUUUCCAGACUAACUGAAUUUUGUUUUAUACAUUUCAUAAGGCGUAGGAUCAAAAAACAGGAUAUUUUUCUCCGAAGAGAUUAGUUUUUUGCCCUUUGUUUAGAUGCUACUGGCAUAUCAACCAAUCGCAGCAGAGCAGGCCUCCACCCCUCCAUCUUAUCCAGUUUCACUCUAACCCAUGUUGUUUGUACCUGGGAACAAAAUGAAAACAUUUUCUAAGUGGAGACUUUCUGAAUGUUCAUAUUUGAUGUAAUAUGAAUAAUUUUAAUAAGCCUCAAUUGUAAACGUCAGUAUGUGCUUGAAGUACUUUCAUAAUGUCCGACACUCUUAUAAGCAGAGCAAAAUAAAUGUUUUUUUUUUCCAUAA